GUGCCAUAACUAAUUAACUAUUUAAAGAAACUGAAUAUUCCUGGUGCCUCCGUAAAUUCCAAGGCAUCAAAUAUUUAUUGUUUUUUUCCUAACAAUCCGGAAUCUUCAUUAAAAUCCGCGUUUGCCGAGCAUUGAGUGGGAACUCUCGUCUGCUGAUGUAAAAAAAACAUCAGUUUAUCUCCAGCUCCCCUGCGUUGAACCCCAGCCACCUAAGCCAGACCAUCGGUAUUUUAUUUGCAUACAAAAAUCCCCCAAUAUUCUCCCGAUCAGCCGCAAUGACUUAAAACCGUAUCUUAUCGUCGUUAUGUGCGAGUGAGCCCAAAACCGAGUGCCUACAGUGCCGGAAAGAAAGAGUCGAGUAGAAAUCGAGUGUGUUGACACCUUUGACAAGUGCGCCCUAAAGCGAUAGUCACCACACCUGUCCAACACAGUUUCCUGCCUAUUAUUCUCUAUUGUCAAGCCGCAAGUGGCAUUGGUGCACAAAUAUUGACUAUAAAAGUUCUUGAAGCGCAAAAAUUCCUUCGGAAUAGGCUAAACGUCUGUUCAAUGACAGAGAGAGAAGAAAGUCGGAGACUUGUGGAUUGAAUAAAAGUCCUAAACUACUUAAAACAUCGGGAAUGUCAGGUGGACAUUGUCGGCAUGGAGGAGGUAAGGAAGAAGGAUCGUGAGGAUAACUCGUGUCAUGUCGAGGACGAGGACGAUGAUGCCAGGGUCGUUGUUGCCAGACGGGGGAAUGGUAUUGUUGGAUGCAAAAAUUUGGAUUGUCUCCAAGAUGUGGCCAAUGCCAAUUCAAGGUGUCAGGGGAGUGAUUGCGAGAGGGAGGACUCACUUGAGAAGGAUCUGUCUGGGAAAACACAUCAGAGUCCAGUUGCUCUAGCGUUCACCAUUGAUUUUGGCGAUGGGAACAAGGAAGUCGACACUGUCAAGUAUCAGAGCCUUUUUCAGAGGUUUGCGAGACACAGGAGGAAUGUUUCGACGUCGAAGAUAGAAAUAAAGACCAGUAAGUCGUCAGCAGAUUUAUCCCCGAAUUUUGUACAAAAAAAGACACCUGUGAGCAACUACUCCGAGGGAUACUUCAGUAGUGAAGAUGAUACAAAACGAAAGGCCGACCAAUUAUCCCAGAAAUUAAAAGAACUAGGUUUAAAAACAUCUCCAAAAGGAGUCGCUCUUCGUCAGUCCUCGGUGUCCCGUUCCCUCACCGACAGGUCGACUCCCAACCGUCGUUCCUACCACGAGCCCUCACCCCCGCGUCCAGAUCUUCCCAACUCCUCAACAAUGAACGACCUGAGUUGCCUCCAGAAUUCCCUCGAAGAUGACCGCUCAAAUCGUGUGCAAUACUCGCCGGAGAAGAAAUACAUCAAGAACAUCGAGUACCUCGAAAUAAAUCAUUCUUACUCCUCCGAGAACCUCCACCAUUCCCAGGAACCCUCUGAAAAGCUCAAGAAUACCAACUACACUCCCACACCGACGAACCCCCUUGAGUGUCCCCACAAACAACGAAAUAUUCAGACUCUCUGCGUUACCUACUCUGGAGAGUGCAGUGCAAGUUCCAACCUUGGUAAAUUCAGUGAAAAUAACCUGGACAAUGCGUCCGAUGGAACAGUGAGUGAGGCUGGUACCUAUACAGUCCACAAGGACUACACAGAUGAAGAAAAAGCUCGGAUGGAUAUUGAUAAAGCGUUCAGCGUAGGCAUCCUCACAGAGGACGAGCAACACACAUCGUACGUUCAUCACUUCCAGAUGAACACGUCGAGGGAUUCCAACUCCUGGAUCUCUGACUGGGCAACACAAGUAGCUGAACACAAUUCGUUACCACCUCCCAUUGGUGGCACAACAGGUCGGACCCCUCCAAUGAGUCCCUCCAAAAUUCCUUCGCCCAUCUACUCACGAUCGAAACGUCUCCCUCGAAGCAGACAUGAGGCGAGUGACAGCAGCCUUGAUGCCGAGGUCCACCAGCGGAUGGCUUCCACAAUGAUAGACUCUGGAGGUGAAUCAGACGAGGACACUAGCAACAGUUACCCAACUCCUCCUCACAGCUCCCAAAGAACCCCGACGCACUCCCUAGUGCGUCGCGGAAGCCUCUCAGAGUCCCUCUUCAAACGAAUCAAUACAUCUGAUUGUCGAAGAAGCAUGAGAAAGUGUCCCGAUAAAAAGGAGGAUAUAAACAUGCCAAAGAGUCCGUCCCACAUGCUGGCAAGAUUUCGUCUAGACCGUUCCAAUUCUCUGGAGCACCGGGGCAAUAAUUCCGAUACUGCUGAAUCAAAUUCCUCACGCCGAAGUAGUUUGAGGAAUUGCGAGGAGAACUUCAAGCACACAAAUAGUCCGAUAUUAAACCGUCUACGAUCGACAAUCCCUAAGUUAACAAACAGUCCUAUCCUGGGGCAUAAGACACUAGCCAGUAAAACAUUAGCUUCGAAUAUAGAACGUCCAAAGCAGUUGGUUAAACCUGGAAGUCAGUCCAAAAAUAUUGGCUACUACACAUGUGUUGAGAGUAGUCCGUACAUGUUGAGAAAGUCCUUGAGUACCUCCAACUAUCGAGAUGAAAUAUCCAAGGAUAAACUCUCCAAUCUCCAUGGGAGUCCAAUGCUCUCCAGAAACACGAGUAUCCAGCGUUCAGCCUCUAAUACCAGUAUCAGGACUGCCAAGACGAAGAGUAUGCUAACGAGAAGAAGUAGUUUCAACGAUAACAGCAGCGAUAGACUUUUGAAAACGAAGCUAGCUCAUUCUGACAGCAGUUCUGAGACAGGUGAGGCACCGAUUGCAGUCCCUCCAAUUUCCUCAGGAAUAAAGUUGAACAGAACUUUUAGCAUGCGUCGUGCACGGCUCAAUUGCGAAUCAGAGUCAACACCGAAUACAACCCCUGAGGAGCGACGGAGGAGAGCACAAUCAGAAAUCAAAUCAGCCCCCACGUCUGGCAGACAGACGCAUCAUCGAGGGAGAACAAGUAGUGUUGGUGCUAGUAACAAAGAGGUCUUCAAAAAACCUGAGCCACCUAGACCAAGGGGUCCAUCGUUGUCGAGGAAUGAGGGAGGGAGAUACAGCAUGAGGGGACAGAAGACGAAUCCCUCCACGAGGCCUAAUCAAAAAACUAGUAAGGAGGGUAAAAGUUCAGGGAGAAGUAAUUCAACGUUGACGUCGAAGGAGGUAGAGUUUCAAAAUUGGAAGAGGAGAAAGAAUUAUGAUCCUAUGAAGGCAGCUGCUGAGGGGAAGAAGAAACUGGAUGUCAAUAAGAAGCAUCACAGUACCGAGGAUGGAAAUAGCAGGGAUAGCUCCGUCCUGAGGUCUGCGAGCUUUCAUGGAACUGGAGGGGCCUUGUCUCUCGCUGAUGACUGGUCUGAUAAUGAGUGUGAUUUUGGGGCAGAUGUUCAGCCACCCCCCUGCAGCCCUCUGGGCUCUGACAGUGAUAUUGAUACGUCCAGUUAUCUUCAGACAACUCAUAAUGUCAUGUCGGUUAUGUCGGCUAGGAUUAAUGUGUAUCAGGGGAGUGCUGUGGACUCUGGGGGGGAAAGUGAUGAAGACACCAGUCACAGUUUGAGGCAGGGAAGGGUGGGCAGAGAGACCAGUGAUACGGAGAGCAGUGAAGAACAGGGAAAUAAUGGAAAUAGAAAUUUGGGAUUGAAUAGGGGAUUUAUUGGCAGAAAGAGCAGAGAAUCAGAGGCUAAGGCACCUCAGGUUAAGGCUAAGAUAGUUAAUAGUGCGAGGUCCAAGUCUGAGGGGACUAGCAUUGCUAGAACUGAUUCGGGGAGGUUCAGUGUUAGGGCUACUAAAGGGUGUGCUAGUAAGGUGAAGCCUAAGGAGAUGAAAAAGAAGGAAAAUUUGGUGAAAGAGCAGGAGAUGCAGAACUGGAAGCGGAGGAAGAGUUAUGAUCCCAUGAAAGCUGCUGCGGAGGGGAAGAGAAAGGCUGGGAUGGUCAAGAGGAGUCUCAACACUGAGUCUUCCAGUGUCCUGAGAUCUCAAAGCUUCCACGGGCCAGUGACCCUAGGCUUAAGUGAAUGGAGCGAUGAGGAUAUUUCAGCAUCAGCCGACGAAGCACCAAUCUACUGAUGCCCACACUAAAAUAAUUCUCAAAAGGCCAAGUUUACAACCUCGAAAUUAAUUUAAUUCACUAUUUAAAUCAUGAUCCAUGACUUUCGUUCUGUUUUUGAGAAGUUUAUUGUUGAUGAUACAAAAAUGAUAUGAUAGUUUCUUUGAAAUACAUGAAGUUAUUUUGCAUUAACAAAGAAACAACAAUUGUUAAACUUGAAAAUGUACUGGGAAGCCAUUGUUUCAAGCUUGUUUCGUUCCUUUUUUGGAUUUGAACGGUAGCUGUUAUCGAUAUGAACAAUUUAAGAAUUAAAAUUGUAUAAAAUUAAUUUAAAGUGAUAAAUUACAAAGGGCGUUCAAUCUUAGAUCUUUAAAUAAUUGUACAAAACGAAAACUUAUGGAGAUUUUAUCAAUUAGUUUAUGGUAUUUUCAUAUUUUUCAGAAAUGCUAAUAGCUGUAGCUUUACAAUUAUCAUCUUUCUUGUUUUUUUUUUUAAUUUUUGCAGAGAUGUAUGUUUAUCUCGUUCAUUUCUUUGUAUCAAAAAUAUUGCCAGAGUUGGGGGAUUUGUUACAUGCUAAGUGUAUGAACUACACCACUGAAAUUCCCUGAAACACUAUUGUUGAAAUGUUCGAUUGAUUUUUGGACAAUUUUUUUUUUACAAUUCAGACGUUAUUGUGAUUUUCUUUUGUUAAUUUUACCAAUAAACAAGUCCAGCAAAUCAAAUAA